GCCGGGAUUUAGGCGGGCUUCCCGAGACAAAAAUGUCUAUGGCUAGCGAUUUCUACCUGCGCUACUAUGUAGGGCACAAGGGCAAGUUUGGACACGAGUUUCUAGAAUUCGAGUUUCGGCCGGACGGAAAGCUUAGAUAUGCCAACAACAGUAAUUACAAAAAUGAUGUGAUGAUCAGAAAAGAGGCUUACGUACACAAGAGUGUGAUGGAAGAAUUGAAGAGAAUUAUUGAUGACAGUGAAAUUACAAAAGAAGAUGAUGCUUUGUGGCCUCCCCCUGACAGGGUUGGCCGACAGGAGCUGGAAAUUGUUAUUGGAGAUGAGCACAUUUCUUUUACCACAUCAAAAAUAGGUUCUCUUAUUGAUGUAAAUCAGUCAAAGGAUCCUGAAGGCCUUCGAGUAUUUUACUACUUGGUACAAGACCUAAAAUGUUUAGUUUUCAGUCUCAUUGGAUUACACUUCAAAAUUAAACCAAUUUAAAUUAAAAAAAAAAAAA